GAGUAACAGCGUUGUAAUGACCCAAGUGAAAUAUAAGGUUGCGGGAGAGAGAGCAAUAGCUAGUGGUAUUGCGAGCUAUUGGAAAAUAUUGAAUGCUGGGAAGGUGAUCUGAAAGCAACAUGAGGAAGCGAGAUUUGGCCAUUCUGAUGCUCUCUGCUUUCGCUAUAUUCUUCUCACUUCAGCAUGAGGGUGAUUUCUCGUUUAGAGAGGCAUGGUUUCAUCUUUCCGAUGAAUACCCUAUUAAAUACGAAGCUGAUCGUCUUCCACCGCCUGUUGUCGCCGAUCUAAACGGUGACGGCAAGAAGGAAGUACUUGUCGCUACUCAUGAUGCGAAAAUUCAGGUAUUGGAGCCCCAUUCUAGGCGGGUGGACGAGGGGUUCAGUGAAGCCAGAGUGCUUGCGGAGGUCUCCCUAUUGCCUGACAAAAUUCGUGUUGCAUCUGGUAGGAGGGCAGUAGCUAUGGCUUCUGGUGUUAUUGACAAAACUUACAAGCAGGGCCAACCACUGAAGCAGGUGUUGGUGGUGGUUACUUCCGGGUGGUCAGUUAUGUGCUUUGAUCACAACCUAAAAAAGCUAUGGGAAACGAACCUGCAGGAAGAUUUUCCACAUAAUGCUCACCACAGGGAGAUAGCAAUCUCGAUAAGUAAUUAUACUGUGAAGCAUGGGGAUACAGGAUUGGUUAUUGUUGGUGGAAGGAUGGAAAUGCAGCCACAUAUGUACUUGGAUCCUUUUGAAGAAAUUGGGAUUGCCGAGAGAAAUGCCGAGCAACAUAGAAGAAGUGCUAGUGAGAAGGAGGCUUCAGAGAACUCUGGGUCCAUGAAUUUGCGCCAUUUUGCAUUUUAUGCAUUUGCUGGUCGAACUGGUGCGCUUCGAUGGAGUAGAAAGAAUGAGAAUAUAGAACCACAAUCUUCAGAUGCGUCCCAACUAAUUCCCCAACAUAACUACAAGCUUGACGUUCAUGCUCUGAAUAGCCGUCAUCCUGGAGAGUAUGAAUGCAGGGAAUUUCGAGAAUCAAUUCUUGGAGUUAUGCCACAUCACUGGGAUAGGAGGGAAGAUACCCGGUUGAAGUUAUCGCAUUUCAGGCGUCACAAAAGGAAAGCUUUGAAAAAGGUUCCUGGAAAGACUUCAAACUAUCCUUUUCACAAGCCUGAGGAAAAUCAUCCUCCUGGGAAGGACUCAACAAAAAGAAUUUCUAAUAUCAUUGGAAAAGCAGCGGAUUAUGCUGGGUCAGCAAAGUCUAAGAAGCCAUUACCUUAUAUUCCAACCAUAACAAACUACACUCAGCUUUGGUGGGUUCCGAAUGUUGUUGUUGCUCAUCAAAAAGAAGGGAUAGAAGCUGUUCACUUGCCAUCUGGUCGCACCGUUUGUAAGCUUCAUCUCCAAGAAGGUGGCCUUCAUGCUGACAUUAACGGGGAUGGUGUCCUGGACCAUGUCCAGGCUGUUGGGGGAAAUGGAGCUGAGCAGACUGUUGUUAGUGGAUCAAUGGAAGUGCUGCGACCUUGUUGGGCGGUUGCAACUUCUGGUGUACCAGUACGAGAGCAACUCUUCAAUGCAUCUAUAUGUCAUCAUUCCCCAUUUAACUUGUUCCAACAUGGAGAGUUCUCCAGAAAUUUUGGUCGUACAUCUGAUGUAUCUUCAUUAGAGGUAGCAACACCUAUUCUCAUCCCAAGAGCUGACGGUCACAAGCAUCGCAAGGGGAGUCAUGGUGAUGUUGUCUUCUUGACAAAUCGCGGUGAGGUCACUUCAUACUCUCCUGGCUUACAUGGCCAUGAUGCUAUCUGGCAGUGGCAACUAUUGACAGACGCUACAUGGUCAAAUCUUCCUUCUCCUUCAGGGAUGAUGGAGGGUGGCAUGGUGGUCCCCACGCUUAAGGCAUUUUCUUUGCGAUUGCAUGACAAUCAGCAGAUGGUUCUUGCAGCAGGAGAUCAAGAGGCAGUAGUGAUAUCUCCUGGAGGAAGCAUCCAAACAUCAAUUGACCUUCCUGCGCCACCCACUCAUGCCUUGAUAUGUGAAGACUUCUCAAAUGAUGGGCUUACUGACCUUAUUGUUGUGACAUCCAAUGGGGUCUAUGGCUUUGUACAGACAAGGACACCGGGUGCCCUCUUCUUCAGCACACUGGUUGGUUGCCUUCUGAUUGUGAUGGGAGUCAUCUUUGUAACUCAACACUUGAACUCCAUGAAGGGAAAACCGCGAUCUUCAUCUGGUCCUCGGUGAGAACUGCAAUUCAUACUCGCUGUUUUUCUGAAAUUAAUGAUAACCGGCAUCGAAGGAAGUCGCGGCAUGAAGAGGUUGACUUCAGAUCAUCGGAGUAAAAAAUUACUAGACCAUGUAUAGAUCAGAGAGGAUUUUAUAGUAUGGUAAAUUUUGGAACUAA